GCUGGAUUCUGGGUCAGUCUAUGGAUGGAUAGGAGGAGUGAAUUGGUGAAAGCAUAUGGACCAGGAGUCAGCAUGUAAUCUGAAGAGAGUGAUAGAAGCCCAUAAAACUAAUCUGAGAAGAGGACUUCAGCAUGUAUCUGAUGGCGGUAUUAAGUCGGCAGCUGAGACACUACACUACGUCCACACAGAGCUCUAUAAUACAGAGGAAGAAGGCAACGAGGCAGAUGAAGAACCUGAAAUUUGGCAGGUGGCGACAGUCUCCAAAGCAAGAACCACUGAAGGUGUACAAAUUAACCCCAAUGACCUCUUCAAUCCCUUAGAUGGACUGGACAAGCAAAUCAGAACUAUAAUCACCAAAGGUGUUGCUGGCAUCGGAAAAACAGUCUCAGUUCAGAAGUUUAUUCUCGACUGGACAAAUGGGGUAGCCAACCAGAAUGUAGAUUUUAUAUUUCCACUCUCUGUCCCCGCACUGACUGCGGUCAGGGAUGAUGUGUAUAGCCUUCACAACCUCUUGCUUGACUUCUAUCCCGAAUUGAAGCAGCUGAGGAAUGGGGAACUGUACGAAGGCUGUCAGGUUUUGUUUAUUUUUGAUGGAUUGGACGAUGGCCUAAUUACUUUUAAUUUCAAGCCCAUUUUGUUGGUAUCAGAUGUGAAACAAAAAACGUCAGUGGAUCUUCUGAUAUCAAGUCUCAUUCAGGGAACUCUUCUUCCCACUGCACAAAUCUGGAUAACCUCACGACCAGCAGCAGUCAGGCAAAUUCCCUCUCAGUGCGUCAGCCAGGUAACAGAAAUACUAGGAUUCAACCCGUCACAGCAAGAAGAGUACCUCAGGAAGAGCAUUACAGAUGAGAGUCAGGCUGACAGAAUAAUCUCCCACAUUAAAGCAUCCUGGAGUCUCCACAUCCUGUGGCACAUUCCAUUCUUCUGUUGGAUUUUAUCCACUGUGCUUCAGGAGAUGCUGAAAGAGGACCACGCCCAAGACCUGCCCCGAACGCUGACUGAGGUUUUCAUACGCUUCUUGCUCACCCAGACAGCUGGGAAAGAUCAAACGUGUCAUAAUGGAACCAAACCAUGCAAAUUUGCGGAAUUUCAGAAACAAAUCACUUGGAGGCUAGCGAGGCUCGCUUUUAAAAAUCUACAGAAAGGCAACCUUGUUUUGUAUGAAGAGGACCUGAGAAGUUUUGGCAUUGAUGUCAGUGAAGCUGCCAUGCACUCUGGUGUGUGUAACAAAAUCUUCCUAGAAGAAUUUGUGUUUCAGCAGAGGAAGGUCUACUGCUUUGUGCAUCUGUGCAUCCAGCAGUUUCUGGCAGCGCUUCAUAUUUUCGCCUGCUACAGCGAUCAGAUGGCCUUGGAGCCCAUUUCCUGCCUCAAAGGUUCACUGAAGCGUGCGGUGAAAACAGUUCUUAAAAGCAGGAAUGGACAUUUUAGUUUAUUCCUUCACUUACUGUUGGGGAUCUGUUUAGAGGACAAUCAGAGACUUUUAAAAGGUCUUCUAAAAUCCACACAUAACACCUCAGAGAGCAUUAAGGAGGUGUGUCGGUACAUUAAGCAGCUCAACAAAGAAUAUCUUUCUUCUGAAAAAUACAUCAGUGUUUUGCAUUCCUUAUUUGAAGUGAAUGAUGAUUCUAUAUAUGAAGAAAGCCAGCAGUAUCUAAAAUCAUCAAAUGGCGUCAAAGACGAGUUGUCACCUGCUCACUGUUCAGCAAUGGGCCACAUGCUUAUCAUGACUGAUAAGGUGCUUGAUGAGUUUGACCUGAAAACCUACAACACAUCAGAUGAGGGGCGCAGGAGGCUGCUGCUGGCUCUGAGCUGCUCCAGAACAGCACGACUCUGUGGAUGCAAGCUGAACAGAAUGGCAUGUGAAACCGUGAGGAAGUGUCUGCAGUCUCCAAACUAUUUGGUACUGCUGGAUCUGAGUCACAGCGGUCUUGGAGACUCUGGAGUUCAGCUGCUUGCUGCAGGGCUAACUAACCCCCACUGCAAACUGCAGAUCUUGAGCCUUGUCGACUGUGAACUCAGCCAUGAAUCCUGUAAAAUUCUGGCCUCUAUGCUACUGUCAGUGACCUUCCUUAAGGAGCUGGACCUGAGUCACAAUGACAUCCAAGACUCUGGAGUCCAGCAUCUGUCAAAGGAACUGGCCAGUCUCAACUGUAAACUGCAAGUACUAAGGUUGUCUGGUUGCCUCAUCUCAGAGCAAGGCUGCACAUUUCUGGCUACAGCUUUGACCUCAAAUCCGUCUCAUCUGAAAGAGCUUCAUCUGAACUAUAAUCAUCCUGGAGAGUCAGGCCGGAAGCUGCUAUCUACUCUCGGCAACAACAAACUAGAGACACUUGUUAUGGAUCACUGUGAAAAUACCAGACUGAGAAGAGGUGUCCGAAAAUACACCCGUGACCUGACAGUGAACGAAAACUCGGCACACAAAAUGGUCUCUUACGCAGCCAAAGAAAUCACAUCCUUUGACCAGGAACAGCCAUAUCCUGACCACCCAGAGAGAUUUGACUGGUGGCUUCAGUGGUUGUGUAACGAGAGUAACACUGGACGCUGCUACUGGGAGGUAGAGUGGAGUGGGGUUGGGGUUUAUAUAGCUGUGGUGUAUAACAGUAUGGAAAGAAAAGGGGAGAGCGGUAACAGCAUGCUUGGGAAGAACAGCAAGUCCUGGAGUCUCUACUGCUCUCAAGACAAAGACUCGCACAGUUACUCCGCUUGGCACAACGAUAAGGAAAUCGUCUUGCCAGUGUUUCCCUCCUGUUCUACAAGAGUAGGGGUGUACCUCGACUGGCCUGCUGGCAUUCUGUCCUUUUACAGCGUCUCCUCUGACACCCUUGCCCAUCUGCACACGUUCAACGCCACAUUCACUGAGCCUCUAUACCCUGGGUUUGGGAUUUUUCCUAAAUCUACAGUGCGUCUGUGCCAGAUCUGAACUACAAUUCGGUAGCUAGUGCCU